GCGCGCGGCACGCUGGGAGUUGUAGUUCUGCCCCGGGGGACGGGCCUGGCCGAGCCGAGCGGGGCAGGCACCGGGGCAGCCCCGCGCCGGGAUCUAUGGCCGAGCGGGACGCGGCGGGUGCCGGAGAAAUUGAGGCAGAGAGGGGCUCAGACUCGCCUGACUCCGAUUCUGACUCCGAAAACGGUGGCGCCUCUGGAGAGUCUGAAAUGGAUUUCCUGCGACACCUCCUGUCCCGGACACUGGGCCUGGGCAGCGAGAAGCCGGAGAAGGUGCUGGAUGAGCUGACGUUGGACGGAGUGAGCCGCUUCAUGCAGAGCGAGAAAUGCAGGAACGUCGUCUGCAUAGUGGGCGCUGGGAUCUCCACCUCCGCGGGGAUCCCGGACUUCCGGUCGCCCGGCACGGGGCUCUACGCCAAUCUGCAGAGCUACAACCUGCCGUACCCUGAAGCCAUCUUCGAAAUCAACUACUUCAAGCAACACCCGGAGCCGUUCUUUGCCCUUGCCAGGGAGCUGUAUCCAGGACAGUUUAAGCCCACCGUGUGCCACUACUUCAUCCGGCUGCUGAAGGAGAAGGGUUUGCUGCUGCGCUGUUACACGCAGAAUAUUGACACGUUGGAGCGGGUGGCCGGACUGGACCAGGAAGAUCUGGUGGAAGCCCACGGCACCUUCUUCACCUCUCACUGUCUCGGCUCCUCCUGCAAGAAACAAUACACCCUGGACUGGAUGAAAGAAAAGAUUUUCUCGACUGUCACCCCCAAGUGCGACAAAUGUCAGAGUCUGGUGAAGCCGGGAUUUCCAGAAGGUGGACCUGCUCCUCAUCAUGGGCACGUCACUGCAGGUGCAGCCCUUCGCCUCCCUCGUCAGCAGGGUGCCCACAAACACCCCGAGGCUGCUGAUUAACAAGGAGAAGACGGGGCAGAGUGAUCCCUUCAUGUCCCUGAUGGGCCUCAGCACCGGCAUGGACUUCGACUCGGAAAAGGCCUACAGGGAUGUGGCAUGGCUCGGGGAGUGCGACGAAGGCUGCACAGCGCUGGCCGAGCUGCUGGGAUGGAAGAACGAGCUGGAGGAGCUGGUGAAGAAGGAGCACUCUGCCAUCGAUGCCAAGUCGGGGCAGGCAGGCGAGGCCAGGAGAAGCCCUUCCCCGUCUGGGGCCACAGCAAGCCCCUCCCCUCCCCCAGCGAAGCCGGGGUCAUCGCCCCAGAAGGAAAGCGACGCCGGAAGCAAAGCGGAAUGAUGGAGCCCGGCCGUGGCUGGCGAGGGCCAUUAAUUGGAGCGGAUUAGAACUCGCCACUACCUGGACUGUCUCCCCCUACGAGGGGUGAGAGCCGUCUCUGAUCUAAAGAGGGCUGGGAGCUGGGGUCACCCCAAGUUUGCAGCUCAGAGGGGAGGGGGGUCUGGGAUCAGAGAGGCUGGGGAAGGGAUGAGAUUCAGGGGCGUUUGACUCUGGAAUCGCCUAUCCCCCGGGUGAGCAGGGGCUGCUUUGAAUCAUUUCGCGCUAACCACGUGUUUCGUUAUUUCCCCACCGAGUGAGAAUAACUGAAAUCCAGGGCUCACGGAGAGCACCGCAAGAGAGACUAGCAUUUCCUUUCUAAUUCGUUCCCCCAGCUGGGAUCCCGUUUCCCUCCGAGACCCAUCUCGCUAACGUGCCAGGCCCCACACUUCCCGACAAGCGGCGCCAAAGCUAGUAGGUGCAUUCGGGCUGAAAAUCGAAUACCGGCACGUUACGCGAUUUCCCCCCCCCCCGCCCGUGCUCGGUGUUUAAUUUGGGUUAGUUAUUGCAAUGUAUUAAGUAUCACUUGACUAUUAAAUUUUAGCAUCUUGGAGGCAA